AACAGCGCUAGCGGAAACGUCAUGAAGUGACAGCAGACAGCAGCAGCAGCAGCUCGCGGUGAGUUGAGCGCUGCAGCCGCCCCGUUUCCCCUUCGAGCACCGAGGCGGAUAUUGCAGCGAGCGAUCGGACGAAAUCCAGUGUCCGUGUGGUCGAUCAGACCUCCGAUUCCCGGCCCAGCCAUGGACGAGCAGGCGGGCCCCGGUGUGUUCUUCAACAACAACAACAACUCGGUUCUUCCCGGCGGAGCGAAAGCGCCACAACCGGGCGACGGCGGCGGCGGCGGCGGAGGAGGAGAGACGGCCCGCGCUCAGUACAGUAUUCCGGGGAUUUUACACUUUCUGCAGCACGAGUGGGCCCGAUUUGAGGUGGAACGAGCGCAAUGGGAGGUGGAGCGGGCCGAACUGCAGGCCCAGAUUGCGUUCCUGCAGGGCGAGAGGAAAGGCCAGGAAAACCUGAAGAAGGACCUGGUGAGACGGAUAAAGAUGCUGGAAUACGCUCUCAAACAGGAGCGGGCCAAAUACCACAAGCUGAAGUACGGGACGGAGCUCAACCAGGGGGACAUGAAGCCGCCCAGCUACGACUCAGAUGAGGGCAAUGAGAACGAGGCUCUUCCUGAACCACCCAACAGUCAGCUGAGCUGGAAACAGGGACGACAACUGCUGAGACAGUACCUGCAGGAGGUGGGAUACACCGACACCAUCCUGGAUGUGAAGUCCCAGCGGGUCAAAGCGCUGCUCGGUCUGGCUGGAGACAGCGGAGAGAGACCCGGAGACAAGAGGACCGAGCCCAUGGUGAACGGGACCGAACCGUCCUCGCUGAAGGACAGCACCACCACCAUGAUCGGUAAAGCGGAGAUAUCAGACUCCGCCACGGUGCUGGAAGCCUUUAAAUUCAUUGAGAAAGCUGCGGCGGAGUUCAGCGACGAAGACGAAGAUGACGACAGCGAGGGACAGAACAAGACCAUCAUGGACCUCACCACCAUGGUGAGGAGGAAGGUGUCUCCGUCUCCCUCCUCUUCCUCAGCUGAUAUGAGCGAUGACUUGGACACGGAGGAGGUUCUUAAGGGCUUCGACUUCCUGGCCAACAGUGAGGACAUGGAGGGCCCGUCCGAAACAACGUCCUCUGGAGAUCGAGCCGACUGGGAAAAGGAAGAGCAGAGCCCCUUGUCUGAGUCCUGGGACGUGGAUGAGGGUCUGAUCUCUAAACUCAAGGAACAGUACAAGAAGGAGCGCAAGGGCAAGAAAGGGGUGAAGAGGCCGAACCGCUGUAAACUGCAGGACAUGUUGGCUAACCUGCGUGACGCGGAGGAUCUGUCGUCCAUCCAGCCGCCGGUGGCUCCUCCCGUCCGUCCCAGCCUGCCCCGCCUCAACGAGCAUCCGCUGGGCCGCACCGACGAGGUCGAAGCCCUGACGUUCCCUCCGUCCUCGGGAAAGUCCUUCAUCAUGGGGACGGACGAGACGCUGGAGAGCGAACUGGGUCUGGGAGAGCUGGCCGGACUCACCGUGGCCAACGAGGCCGAGAAUCUGUCCUACGACAUCACUAAUAAUAAAGACGCCCUGAGGAAGACGUGGAACCCCAAGUUCACGCUCCGAAACCACUUCGAUUCCAUCCGCGGUCUCGCGUUUCACCCCGUCGAGCCGGUUCUGGUCACCGCGUCUGAAGAUCACACGCUGAAAAUGUGGAACUUGCAGAAAACAGCACCAACCAAGAAGUGCGCCGCUCUGGAUGUGGAGCCCAUCUACACGUUUAGGGCUCACAGGGGUCCGGUUCUGUGUGUGGUGAUGAGCUCCAGUGGUGAUCAGUGUUUCAGCGGCGGUUUGGACGGGACCAUUCAGUGCUGGAACACACCGAACCCCAACAUCGACCCGUACGACUCGUACGAGCCGUCGGUGCUGCGGGGGGCUCUGUCCGGACACACGGAUGCGGUCUGGGGUUUGGUUUACAGCUCGGCUCAUCACAGACUGCUGUCCUGCUCCGGCGACGGGACGGUGAGGCUGUGGAGCGCGGCGGAUACGACGCCCGCCAUCGCCGUCUUCAACGAGAACAAAGAGCUGGGCGUCCCGUCGUCGGUGGAUCUGGUUUGCAGUGAUCCGGCUCACAUGGUCACGGCCUUCACUAACGGCAGGAUGGGCAUCUUCAACAUGGAGACCCGACAGCUGGUGCUGGAGCUCGAGUCGCAAGCGGCUGGAAAACCCGAUGCACCGUGUCAGAUUAAUAAAGUUCUCAGUCACCCGACGCUGCCCAUCACCAUCACAGCACAGGAGGACCGACACAUCCGAUUCUUCGACAACAACACAGGCAAGUUGAUUCACUCUAUGGUCGCUCAUCUGGACGCUGUCACCAGUCUUGCGGUGGAUCCCAACGGCCUCUAUCUGAUGUCUGGUAGUCACGACUGCUCGGUGCGUCUGUGGAACAUGGAGAGCAAGACGUGCAUCCAGGAGUUCACGGCUCACAGGAAGAAGUUCGACGAGUCCAUCAACGACGUGGCGUUCCACCCCACCAAGUGCUACAUCGGCAGCGCGGGAGCCGACGCCCUCGCCAAAGUCUUCGUAUGACCUUCGACCUCCGACCAAAACCGCUUCCACAAACUGAUGCGCGGCGAGGCCUGAACACGGACCCCGAACGGGACGGCGGGGGCCGAGACCGAGCCGCGCUCUGCUCUGAUGAUCCGGGCAGGCCUGGGUGCUCGAGGGGAAGUCAACAAACACGGAGGACAAACGCCAGAGGAACCUCCGAACACCUCCUCCUCCGUUCAGCCUCACGGGAAGCUGAGCGCUUCCCACACUUCUGCAGUCUUAGUUCUCCUUGAGUUUCUCCUCUCUCUGGUUUUGCCGUCUUGCGUUCGCUCCUUUUUUAACGACGUGCCUUUUGCUUCAAAGAAACGCGGAUUCUCUUCACGGGGGGGGAAACGAAACCCCGUCGAUGUUUUAAACUCAAAUUAUCCGGACGGAAAGUAAAGUUCGGUCUUUGAAAAUUCAAACGCAUUGAAUUUAAAGACUCAAAUUCUCACGAAUAAUGAAUUCAAAUUGUACAUAUAAUGUGAAAAUAAGUCUUGCAGCUCAGAAAAAGUACUAAAUUUGUAUGUUUGUGUCCAGGUAUAAACCGAUCGCCAUCCGGCUCAUUUCACCCCGAAAUCAAGAAAACGAAGCCGAACCGUCGGAUCUAAAAACAGGCUUGGUUUUCUUUCAUUUCUUUGUGAUUUCGCGGCGAAACGCACCCCGGAUGAUGAUCGGAGCACCAACUGGAAACGCUCCAAAGCCGUUGACCAUCAGGACGUCUCGAUUUAGUGCUACGUUGAAUAUUUAAGCUGUUCUUUUCCGGAUCCAGUGUGAAUUCAUCUCAGCAUUGUGAUGUACCAACAAACACGGAGACGAAAAUCUCGACCGUUUGACUAGAUUUAGAGCCGUUUCUGAAUAUUCGUCAAAGUGAUGAUGCUCAAAAGUCUUAUAAGUGUUGCGGUUUUUGACAAGCUGUACUUAAAGUACGAUGAUUCGGAAGUCUAUAUUUGUCUGAGAUCUGUUGUAAUGUUUAUUUAUUUUUUGGCCUUUUCAUACGUUUCGCCUGUAAUGCCAAACGCGUUAGGAUUUCGCUUCGGGAAGGGACGUCGCGUACGUAAACGGCGCUUCGUCCGGUUCCUCUGACGUCGGUAUCGCUCACUCAUCCUCACCUUCUCUACCUGCACAGGUGGUGGUUUGUGUAUUAGCUGAAAAUGAUUUGAAAUCUAUUUUAUAUGUGAUCGUUUGAAGCGGAUACUAGUGUUUUUUUAUCAUUGUGCGACUGGUGACCGAGGUUGCAAAUGGAUCGUAACCCCAGGUUUUUUUUUUUAUUAUUUUGUUUGAAACUCUUCUGGUUUAUUUGAAUUCGUCUGUGAUUACUUGAACUAUCUCGGCGUGCGUGUGCGGGUCUGCGUGUUUUUAACUGCUAGGAUAGAGAUUUUCUGCUUUUAUCGGGAAUCGUUUGCCUUUAACUGAUGACAUGAGCACUACAGGACGAGCGGAGUGUUUGUGCGUUUCCUUCAGGUCUGUGAAAAAAAAGUGACGCGAGUUUGCUACUCUACCAAAUGGUGAUAAAGGACUAGUUUAGACAAACAUGAAAGCACUCACUGUUUACUCACCCUCAUGUGGAAGCUGUGGAAGUCAUUGCCAUUUCUUUCUUUUUUUUUUGCCAUGAUUACAAAAAUUAAAUAUUGUUUAUUGUGACUUUUUAUAUCACUAAACUUUUUCUCAGAAUUUUGAGUUUACAUCUUUUUUUUUUUUUUGACCACAGAAUAAAAUUAAAAAGGUUAUUGCAUUUUUUUAUAUUUUUUUUUUUUUCGCAAUUCUGAGUUUAUAUCUUACGGUUUGGACUUUUUAGAAUUGCAAAAUCUAAAAUCAUGAGAUAAAAAGUACAAUUACCUUUUUUAUUUUUUAUUCUGUAGUGGAAAUUUAAAAACUAAAUGGCAAGAUGUAAACUCUACAUUCAGAGGAAAAAGUCAGCAUUGGGAGAUAAAAAGUUGCAAUUAUCUUUUUAAUUAAUUUUUUUUUUAUUCUGUGGCCAAAAAAAGAACAGAGUUCUGAGGAAAAGUUCAACCAUCAGAAUUCAAGGUUAUUGAGUUUAUUUAUUGCCAAUCUGAGUUUAUAUCUCACAAUUCAGAUUUUUUUUUCAGAUUUGUUCUCAGACUUAAAAAAUAAAAAAAUACCUACAGGAUUGCAAGAUGUAAACAUAUAAACAAUUGUGAGGAAAAUUGCAAAUGUUUAUCCAGUAUUUCAGAGUUUAUAUAUUUUGAGUUGCAACUUGCAAUAAACUCACAAUUCUGAGGAAAAACUGUCAGAAUUGCGAGUUUACGUCUCGCAUUUUUUUUUUUUUUUUUUUUUUUUUUUAAUUGAGUUUAUGUUGCAGUUCUUAGAUUUUAUAUCUCACAAUUAAGACUUUUCUUUCUCAGAUUUCUGAGAUUAUAGUUAAAUCAUAUUUAAUUGUAUUUAAAUUCUGUGCCGGAAAACUUAGAAUUGUGAGUAAAAUUGCAAAAUCAUAUCCCACAAUUCUGGGUUUAUACAUUAGAAAUUUAUAUUAAACUCAGAAUUGCAAGAUAUAAUAUCGCACUUCUGAGAAAAAAAAGUCAGAAAUAUUUGUCUAAGAAAUGCGAGUUUAUAUCGCAGUUCUGAGAUUUUAUAUCUCACAAUUACGACUUUUUUUCAGAUUUCUAAGUUUAUAUCUAAACUGUGAUUAAAAAGUGGCAAAUAUUUUUUAUUUUUAUUCUGUGGUGGAAAUUUAAAAACUAAAUUGAGAUGUAACCCCAAAAGUGACUUUUUUUUUUUGUUCUGUGGCCAAAAAAAUAAAUAAAGUAGUAAGAUGUAAAAACAGUAUUCUGAGAAAAAAAAAAUCAGUCAUCAGAAUGCACGAAAAAUUGCAAUUAUUGAGUUUAUUUCUUGCAAUUCUGAGUCUGACUUUUUGUUCUCAGACUUGCUAGUUUGUAUCUGAAUUGCAAAAUAAAUGACCUUUUUUACAUGUUUAUUCUGUGGUGGAAAAGAAAAAAAAGAAUUGUGAGAGCUAAACUCAGAAUUCUCAGGAAAAAAGGUCAGAAUUGCAAGAUGUAAAUUUACCAUUGCAGGGAAAAUUGUGAAUUUAUAAAGCCAGAGUUGUUCGUUUGUCUCGCAAUUCUGACAUUUUUCUAGGAAUGUAUGAGUUUAUAUUCUUCGCAAUUCUGAGAUUUUGUAUCUUGCAAUUAUGACUUUUUCUCAGAUUUCUAAAUUUAUGUCUAAAUUGUGAGAUAAAAAAGUGUCAAUUACCCCUUUUUUUUUUUUUUUUUUUUUUUUUUUUAUUUAUUCUGUCCUAGCAAUUCUGAAUUCCAAGAAAAAAAGUCAAAAUUGUUCGUUUGUCUCACAAUUCUGACAUUUUUCUCAGAUUUCCAAAUUUAUAUCUAAAUUGUGAGAUUCAAAAGACAAAAAUUGCGAGAGCCAAACACAGAAAAACACAGGAAAAAGAAAAGGGUCCGAAUUGCGAGAUGUAAAUUUAGCAUUGCAGGGAAAAUUGUGAAUUUUUUUAUUUUAUUUAAAAUAUAAUCUCACAAUUCUGAAAAGAAAGUCUCACAUUUCUGACCUUUUUUUUUUUCUAAAAAUUGUUUAUAUUGCUAUUCUGAGAUUUUAUAUCUCACAAUUAAGAUUUCUCAGAUUUCCACGUUUAUGUCUUAAUUGUGUGAAAAAAUUGGCAAUUGAAAAACGGCCUUUGUCGGAUGACAUUUACCUGUUGGUGUUUCAUGGAGAGAGAAAAAAACAGGAUUUGAUCGACACGAUGGUGAUUAAACAGUUGUUGUUUUUUUCAUUUUUGCGUUCUGUUCCUUUAAAUCCGAGGCGCGUUUGACGUUAAUCUCGCGCACAGAGCGCUGGUUUGGGACGUUGCUAGGGAAGCGUGUGCGUGCGUGCGCGUCCGUGUUUUCGUACUAGUAAAUAUAUUUUCUGAUUUCGUUCAUUUUGGUGCGUAUUAAUUUUAGAUAUAUAAGACAAAAUCUCAAUAUGUAUAGUUUUAAAGUAUUGAUCAACAGUCUAUUUAUGAACCAGAACACAGUGUAUAUUAACCUGCGAAGCUAACAGUGAAGAUUAACCGAUAUUUGUGAUACUAGUUGUGCGGGAGAGUUUAGUUCGCGCCACCUGCUGGUCAGAGAUGGGAACUGUACAGCUGACUCGGCUACUGAAGAUACUAAAGUGCUAUUUGGUUGUUUGGUUACUGAUCGAUUGACGUGCUUGCCGGAAACAUCGGAGUAUUGGGGGGGAAUGUUGAUGCGGUGUGAUUGGACGAUCGGACGAUGACGUCACGACGGGACGCGCCUGUAUAGAGCUGUCACUCAACUUUUAACCUUUUGGUUGUAUAGAGAGAGAGAGAGAGAGAUUGUUUGGAAAGAUCGUGUUAAUAAAUGCUAUACUCCUCUUGUACAUAUUUUAUUAUUGAUAUUACAGUUUAUUCUUGAUUUUCUCGUUGUAUUCUCUUUUUAUCCUCAGAUGGACAUUUAUCAAUAUAAUACAAUAAUAAAAGAAUAUGUUGUAUUUCA